AUGAAGUGUUUACGGCAGUUCUGUAAACGCACAGAGGCGAUAGGUUUGUGAGUUGCCAUUUUGUGCGUGUAUUUACGAUUGAUUUCGCUCGGAAGUUACACAAUCUUCGUAUUUGAACAGUUUUCCGUCGAAUCGUUGCGAUCUCCUAAUAGUGCGGCAACGAAACGAUUGUUUUCAGUGCGUGAUAUGUAGUUAUUAUAUUGUGUUCAGGGUUAGUACCGGUUGCUGAGUAAACCGGUACGUAUUUGGAAGAAAAGUUCGUGUUAAGUGCGGAAGAUGUCACCACCGGAAACUCCGAGGCAAUUUCCGGUCCUUCGAGAAGAACGCGACCCCUUACGAGCGUUCCCAUCGAUAACGCACGAACGCGGGGAACAGAGAACGGGAAGAACGAGCGAAAGAAGAAUCGUACCGAGAUAAAAGGCAUUUCCGUGCUCGACGACGAAUCGUUCCGGUCCGGCGACGGAUCCUGACGGCGAAACGUUGAAACGAUCCGCGAGAAUGUUCGCGCAACGAUAGACGACGAUUUCGCGACGCGACGACUGGUUUCGUCGAGUGUAGUGGCGAUUGGCGCGACGACUACGGCCCUGUCCGAAGUUGCCCGAACACGGUCGGGAACGGCCGAUCUUGGUGGAGGCCCGUAGCCAUGUGUUGCGGUCUGCCGUGAGUGCUUUCUGACAAGGGAGGUGCGGUGUCUGGGUUUUUUCUUUACUCCUCGGAAACUAGAAAUCCCUGAAUUUCCCGGUUAGGGGAACCGAGUGCUCGCGUCGUCGAAGUACCACGGUAUCGCCUCGAGAAGGUCGCGGUGUGCCGGUGCGCGAGAACCGCGAGACAUUUUGGAAAGAAAGUUUGUGUAUUUCUCGCGGCGCGGCGUCGGCCGAAACCGAACCCGAACAAGACGACGAGACGAGAGACAAGAGACGAGAGACGAGAGACGACACGACUCGUCUCGACGCGUACCGUACGAGCCUGUGUUCGAUGCGCGAUUGUGAGAGUGCCGCGAUCGAAACCAAACCCACCGAUUCGGGACAGUCGAACACCGGCGGACACGCUCGCGAACGCAAACACUGAAAACAGAGUCGCCCAGUGCGAACAUCAAGAAAGAGAGAGUACGCAUGAUAAUCGUAUCCUCGAUAGUUGCCGCUGCCGCUGCUGCUACCGCUGUCGGAUAGAGACGCACAGGGUGCUGCGUGCAAACGUCUUUCUCUUUCUCUUUCUCUUUCUCGCUGUGAGUAUCCUCUCUCUCUCCCUCCCUCUUUCACUCACCGUUUCUGUCUCUCCUUCUCUUUCCAUCCUUCUCCCCCAGUCCAUCCACAUAUCUCACUCUCUCUCUCCCUCCCGCUCGCGUCGAACCUCGUUCUCGCUCUGUCACCGUCCCCUUCCUCCUCGCAUCGCCGUUGCCCGUAGUCCUCGUACCUUUUCCAUCCUUCUGUUCGCGUCUUUCUCGAUACCUCUACCUCUGUAUCUUGUGUGUGCGCGUGCAUCGGAAGAUGAGCGCGCGAGCAAACGAACAAACGAACGAGUGCGCACGGGCAUGCUCGUUUCUGUGUUGGUAUUAGCAUCGGCCCGUUCGCUGUGUUUUGUGUAUUCUACUUGUAGCGAGUGUCGUCGGAACGUAUCGGUAUUCGCGCGAAUAAUGCUCGUCGAUCGCGUGUCGCGAGCUUCGUGAAUUCCUAGCCAGGAUAUCUGUUUGGUCGUUUGGAGGCCAGGGGAGCUUGCCGAGGGGGAAAGAGAGAGAGAGAGAGAGAAGAGAGAGUGUGUGUGUGAGAGAGAGAGAGACUGCGAGUGAGCGAGCGAGCGAGCGAGAGAGAGAAAGAGCGAGCGAGAGAGCGCCUUUCGGAUAGGAUCGGAUCCAUAGGAGCUUCAAACGAUUCUCGUUGUGGCGUCGAGAAAGGAGAACUUGUGCACCGAAUAUACAACCAACUCAUAUUCUCCGUGGCACACCGAGAAAGGUGCUACGUACGCGUUCGCGAGUAAACGAGCGAACGCUUCUCCUUCUGUCUCUCUGUGUCGUCGGUUGUUCGAGUUUACCGAGUGUAACGAAAAGAGUGGUUUGCUCGUGAUCUAUUCGCGUUAAGAGAUAAAACGGAUCUUGAAGGAGAUUAAGUGCAACGUUCGAAGGGGAACACGUACGCGGAACGUGUGUUGUGUGCGUGUGUGUUCGUUCGUUCGUUCGUGUGUCGGUCGGUGUCUCUGUGUGCGUGCGUGUGUGUGCGCGCGCGCGCGCCCGCGCGUAUAUCGAGUGCACGAGAUACGGAAAAGAGACGAAGGUGAAUCAACGGAGUGAGAGUGAACGUGUACCAGAACGGAAUCGAUCGACCAUUGCCGAAAAAGUUUCUGGGAUAAACGGACUCGACUCCGAUUCGGUCCGAUUCCACGUAGGACGCGCGACGCAACGGCGUGCAACGCGUAUUUAAUUGUCGCGAACGAUGCAGCAUUGAGAUCGAGUGAUUCGUUACGAGCACGAGUACGGCCGCGAGUGCGACGGACUCUGUGUGCGUGCGCAUGUACGUGUUCGUGCGUGGGAACAGGGUCGUGAGGUGAAUUUGCCGCGUGUCACGAGACACUCGGCGACGCUCGACAUCCACGGAAAAUUGAUUAUCUUCCUCGGAACUGGAUUACCUUGUGGAAUGCAUCGCCAUCGACGGAUUCGUUCGUACGACCGAUAGACGGACCGUAUCGGAACAAGGAUACACGCUUCGAGAAUGGCUGAAUUCGACCAGCGUGUGUACGUUUAGUCGUCGAUACGCGCGCACAAUGAUCUCGGCCACGACGAAGGACAGGAGCAGCACGAGCGUCGUUUUAGCGUUUGGUCGAACGGAGCGAGCGAGAGCCGGUCCGAGGCUGGAGGUUGGAAAACGAACGAACGAUAGAUACAUGGAACGUGUCUAAGAUCGAACUGGAUAGAGCGGCGUUUCGCGACGGAAAUAUAUAUACGCGAGGAGACGCGGAAAGGGACCACGACAAGGGAGGAAAAGGGACGACGAGAGGAUAUCGAGAGGAUAUAUAUAUAGAGAGAGAAAGAAGAAAAGACGUGGGAAAGACGUUGAGAGAGAGAGAGAGAGAGAGGAGGAAAGACGAGAAAGAACCGCGGGUAGCGGUGAACUGCGGUAAACGGUGUUGCGAAAAGUGUUGUCGAAAGGACGACGGAAAAAGACGGAGAGACGGCGGAGCCGGGCUCGGGGGAGGAGGAAGAGAAAAAGAAACGCGUGCCGAACAAGAGAGGAGGAUCGUGUACCCCCGUGAAGUCCUAAACAAGAGGAAACGGAAAGACGAACACGGAGGUAGGUGCGGGCUGACCGCGCGGCGCAUAACAAGGAGACGGAUAACACGCGCGAGUGCGAUAUAUAUAUAUAAAUAAUAUAUAUAUAUAUAUAGAGAGAGAGAGAGAGCGAGAGCGAGCGAGCGAGAGAGAGAGAGAGAGAGAGAGAGAGAGAGAGAGAGAGAGAGCGAAAGAGCGAGAGAGAGCGAGAGAGCGAUAACGGGCGCGAUCACACUCGAGACCGGAACCGGAAUCGGUGCCGGGAAAAGGCCGGAUCAUCCGAAUAUAGGGAAUAUCGGUGGAGGGCAGCUGCGAGACAGUAAAGUGAUGUGUUCGAUGGACGAGGUGCGACUGGCGGGCGGAGGUCGGGGCAAAACGGACGCGUGUCGCGCGCGCUGCGAUUGCUUGGAAUCGGUGAGAACAGGCGGGCAGUCGGUGAUCAGGCUGGCGGGCGCCGGGGAAACGUUUCAAAGGGCAUGGCGACCACGCCACUAGGCGGUCGCCUCCCUAUCGUAAACCGCAAAGGACCAUCUCCGUUCGACGGUGGUGGUGGUGGUAACGACGCUAAUUACGGAAACGGCAACGGUAUUGGCAACAACAAUAAAAACAACAACAACAACAACAACGACGAGGAGAGUGGUGGCGAUAAUAACGGCCAUCGCUUCAACAACAACAACAAUCAUAGUAAUAAGAACAACAAUCAUACUAGCAGCGGCGGCGGCAGCAGCAGCGGGAAGAGCAACGUUGGCCAUCGUAACGGCAACAGCAGCAGCAGCAGCACCAGCAGCGGUAACAACAACGAGAGCAACGGCGGUAGCAGUAGCACCAAGUAUCACGGAGAAGCCCGCGCGAUCGAAGGUGGCAACGUCGAGGGGAACGGGAGCAGCAACGGAAACGGAAACGGAAACGGCAACGACAACGACGUCGACCUCGUUGCCAACGGUUGCAGCGACAAGAGUAGCUGCACCGGGAACCGCUGCAGAAGGAGUUGCAAGUACAACGGCGGCCAAGGCGUUGUCGGUUACGGCGGUGGAGGAGGCGGGGGAGGGGGUGGAGGUGAAGGUCAGACGUCGAGGAGACAGGAGCAACACCGACGGGGAUCGGUAGGAAGAGAGCACAGGGGGAGAGAUCAUCGGGAGCAUCGGGAACAUCGGGAGCAUCGAGAUCAUCGGGAUCACCGAGAUCAUCGGGAUCACCGGGAUCGUGAUCGCGACCGUGAUCGCGACCACCGGCAUCAUCACCAUCACCAUCAUCAUCACCAUCACCAUCAUCACCACCACCAUCAUCAUCAAGGUCGGGACAGGUCCUCGUCGUCGUCGUCGUCGUCGUCGUCAUCGGGACAUAACCAGCGAGACGCUAAAGCAAGCACGGUGGCUGCAAACACCGAUGAGCUGGAUCCGGCCGCGACGAAUGCGACCAACAAUUUCGAGUACGACGACAACGAAUGGGACAUUGGAAUAGGAGAUUUGAUAAUCGAUCUUGAUGCGGACAUUGAGAAGACGAGGGACGAGAAAUUGAGCUCAGGGACAGGCAUGGCUUCAACGCCUGCCUCGGCAGCAUCGGCUUCAAAUACCUCGAAUCAUCACCACCACCAUCAUCAUCAUCAUCAUCAGCUUCAAAAUUCUUCGAACGGCUUAACUUCCUCCGGUCUGUCUUCGUCCGUUGCGUCCGCCGGUGGCUCGAACGGUUGCGGACAAUCGUUGAACUCGUCGUCGUCGUCGUCCUCUUCGUCGUCCUCCUCUUCGUCGUCGACGUCGGCUUCGUCCUCCUCGAUAUCGUCGUCGUCCUCCUCGUCGUCGUCGUCGUCGUCGUCCUCGUCUUCCUCGUUGCCGACCUCGGUCUCGUCCGCGUCGUCUUCCUGCGGCUUGAACUCGUCCGGGCGCGCGAACAGUCCCGGUAGCGGACAACACGGGCACGGACAACACGGGCACGGGCACGUUCACGGCCACGGGCACGGACACGGGAGCGUGGUGGUGAGCAGCAGCAGCGGCGGCGUCGUCGUCGCUAGUAACGGUACGGGCGUGAACGCGAACGCGAACGGUGGUUCCUCGUCGAUCGUACCGGGAACCGGUAACAAGCAGCAGCAGCAGCAACAGCAACAGCAACAAAUUAAUUCCGUCGCGAGCGGUGCGAACGCCGCGCACGGGAAUCCAGGUAACCCCGGCAAGAUGGCCGUUGAACACUCGGCCACCGUCGACAAAGGCCUCAAGAUGAAGAUCAAACGCACGAAACCGGGCACCAAGAGCAGCGAGGCGAAACACGAAAUCGUGAAAUCGAACGAAAUGAACGGAACGAUGUCGUCUCAGGAGACCGGCACCGGCGGCGGUGGCAUCGGUGGCGUCGGCGGCGUCGGCGUCGGUGGCUCGGCGGUCACGAGCGGUUCGUCGUCGUCGUCGUCGUCGUCGUCGUCGUCGUCGUCGGCCUCGAGCGGAUCGGGCGGCUCGUCCGCGGGCGCGACGAUCGGACAGAACGCUCAGAACUCGGAGUGCGCCGCGGGACACGGCGGCAGCGGUGCCGGUGCCGGUGUCGUCGUCGGUGGUGGCGUGGGUGUCGGUGUCUGCGGAGGUGUCGGUGUUGGUGUCGGUGUCGGAAUGAGUGUGGGCAUCGGUGUCGGCGUCGGCGUCGGCGUCGGCGUCGGCGGUGUCGGAAGCGGAGGCUGCGUCGCCGGCGGUGUCGGCGUCGGCGGCGGCAGCGGCAACGGAUCGGCCGGAUGCGGCGCCGGGACCGGCUCGAGCGGGAACAACGGUCCCGGCGCGGCCGGCGGAGCGGUCGGCGGCGGGCCCGGCGGCGGUAGCGGCGGUGGCGGCGGCGGCGGCGGCGGCGCCGUAGGCGUCCAGUCCUCCUCGUCCUCGUCCUCGACGUCGUCCUCGUCCUCGUCGACCUCGUCGUCCUCGUCGUCGUCGUCGUCCUCGUCCUCGAACAAGUCGAAGCUCGGUCACUCGGCCGGCGCCGCCGGUGGGGCCGGAGGCGCGACAUCCUCGACCGCAGGAUCGAAAAGGGGGUCGAGCGGUCACCGGCGGGACAAAGCGCGGGACAAGCACGAGAAGCCGCAGAGCAAUCACGCGUCGGCGCAGCAGAACAAACCGGAAAUGAACGGGACCGCGCGGCCCAGCGGCGUCAGCGGCGGCGGCGGCGGCAGCGUCGGAGGCGUAGGAGGCGUUGGAGGCGGCGGCGGCAACGGCGGCGGCGGGGUCAGCGUCGGCGGCGUGGCCGGCAUCGGGCAGAAUCAACUUUCGAGCGGGUCGGGACCGGGGCCGGGACCCGGACCGGGGCCCGGGCCAGGGCCGGGCUCGGGAUUCGGAGCCGGCUCGGGGCCCGCCGGGGCGGCCGCGCAAUCUCAGGGACCUCCGACCGCCGCGACCGCCCCCCAGCAAAGCCAAGGACCGUCGCCGAGCUCGCGAGCCGUCUUCUCCGUCUCCCAGGGAUCCGGCCCGUCCUCCGGCUCCGUAACGGUCCCGUGUCCGCCGCCGAGUCCGGCGAGCGCGACCGCCGUCGGCCCGGCCGCCAAGCCGGAGCAAACCAAACUCGCCGCGGUACCCGGCAACGGAUCCUCCAUCAUCGCAACGGCCGACGACGCCAUGGAUACCGCGUCCAGUCCUCCGCCUGCUAAGAAGUUCAAGACUUCUGCUUCCGAACCAAAGGACAUGUCCGACGUGUGCGUCGGGACCAGCGUGGGGACCAUUACCGAGCCAGAAUGUUUAGGACCCUGCGAGCCUGGUACAUCUGUUACUCUUGAGGGAAUCGUGUGGCACGAGACCGAAGGGGGUGUGCUGGUGGUGAACGUGACGUGGCGAGGGAAGACGUACGUGGGCACGUUGCUGGACUGUACCCGGCACGAUUGGGCGCCGCCUCGAUUCUGCGACUCGCCGACCAGCGACCUCGACGCGCGGACGCCGAAGGGCCGCGGCAAGCGCGGAAGGGCCGCGGCGAACGCGACCCCGGGCAACGAUUUGAGCAACUUCACGGAGACGAGAAGCUCGGUGCACAGCAAGCUGCGAAACGGCGGCGCGAAGGGACGCCGAGGCGCCCAGGGAUCGCCGGCGGCCAGCCCGAGUCCGGCGGCGUUCGUCCCGCCCCGACCGGAUCCCGCGGCCAAGCGGAAAUCCCGAGGACCCGAGGAAGAGGACAAGAACAAGAGACGCGCUCCGCCGCCCACGCCGCCCAGCGGCUCUCCUCCGGCGAGCCCCGUGUUGCUCGAGUGUCCGGAACCGAACUGCAACAAAAAGUACAAACACAUCAAUGGACUGAAGUACCACCAGAGCCACGCGCACGGCUCGGCGGACGACGACGACGCCAAGGAGGGCAUCACGAGCAUGUCGGAGAACGACGAGAGCAACAUCGAGGCGCCGAGCCCGGCGACGCCGGUGAAAUCGCCGGCCGACAAGCCGGAGGGCACGCCGCUGAGGCCGUCCAGCCCGCCGGCCAGCAGUCUGCCGCCGGAAACGCCUCCGCCGCCGCCGCGGGUCGUCUCGCCCGGUAUAGAGGCGACCGCGCCGGUUCACGGCCAGGACAAGAGCAUCGUGAAACCGGGCGUGCUGAGGUUCGGGCAGGACGAUUUGCCCGCGCCGCCGCCGACGAUACCGACCUCCGCCAGGCAGCAGUCCGUGCAGCAGCAACAGUCUGUGCAGCAGCAAUCCGUGCAGCAGCAACAGCAGCAGCAGCAGCAGCAGCAGCAACAACAGCAGGCGCAGCAGAAUCAAUCGUCGUUGGGUAGUUCGAGCUCGCCGCAGAGCCCCGGUCCUCGGACCAGUCAGUCGCCGAGGCCGAUACCGUCUCCUCGUCCGAGCGCGAACAAUCUCCCUCCGCAGCUGAAUAUUCCGCAACCGCCUCAGCCGUCCCAAAUGUCGCAACACCAACAACAACAACAUCAGCAACAGCAGCAGAACUCGCUUCUGCAGCAGAGCCAACAGUCGAUGCAAGCCGGUCAGUCGACGGCGGCGUCGCAGCAGCUGCAGGCGAGCCAGCAGCAGUCGCAACAGCUGCAAUCGGCCGUGCAGCAGCAACAGCAACAGUUGACGUCCGCGCACCAGCUCUCGGUGCAGCACUCGCUCUCGGCGCAACUCGGGCAGCCGUCGCAGGCUCACAUGGUGCAACAGCAGGCCGGCAUGCAGCAACAGCAGCAGACGCAGCCGGCCGGGUUGCAGAGCAUCGCGAGUCAACAUCCGGGUCUUCAGGGUCUCGCCGCUCAAGUGUCGCAGCAAGCGGCGGCGGCGGUGGUGGCGGCCUCCGGUCCGCCGCAGGCCGGACACCCGGGUCAAACGGUGCAGUCGGUGCAGUCGCAUCUGCAGCCGUACCAGAGCGUCUCGUUGCACGCGAAGAUGCCGCAGUUCAAGGUGAAGCCGACCGCGGCGCUGAUGCCCGAACAGGACAAGAGCAAAGAUCCUCGGGCCGCGAAACCGCCCAGUUACAAGAAGAAAUCGAGAAAGUCGCCCGGAGGCAGUCCUCAUCCGUCGCCGUUGGAAGCGCCUAUCGUCGAUUCCGCGAGGGACGACGUCCAGAGUCCGGCCUACUCGGACAUCUCCGACGACGCGGCGCCCGUGCUCGAGGCCGAGCCGACCGACAAGUGCAAACAGUCCCAGGAGAAGGACGGCAAGGCGUCCGCGGCCGCACACCUGCCGGCGCACUUCAGCAUGUAUCCGUAUUACGGGCAGCCGCCUUACCUGGUGCCGAGCGUUCAAGAGAGCAAGCCGAUCGAUCAGAAGCCGACCGAUCUAGUGCCGAAGCAGGAGAUGAAGCCGCUGAACAUACCUCAGAUGCCGACGAUGGCCAGUCUACAGAGCGUGGUCGCGGAGAAGGAGAAGAAGGAGAUGAGUCAAUCGGUUCCGCAGCCUCAGCAACAGCCGCACUAUUACGGCGGUUACGGUGGCUACAUGCCGCCCGGAUACCCUUAUCAGCCGCCGCAAUCCGUGGCGCAGCAGCAGCAGCAGCAACAACAACAGCAACAGCAGCAGCAGCAGCAACAACAACAACAGCAGCAGCAGCAGCAACAGCAGCAGCAGCAGCAGCAGGAGCAAGAGUUUCACGAGCAAAAGGCUAAGAUCAAACAGGAGCCGCAACCGCAGCAGCCGAGUUUGAAGGACAAACAGCACGAGAAUCAUCAGAUACUGAAGGAGAGCAUCGAGAUGAAGAGUCAGAUGAGCCCGUACCACGUGUAUCACGGGUCUCAGAGUCAGAGAGCCGGUCCGCCGCCGCCGCCGCCUGGUCCGAUACAGGACGACCGAAGGUAUUACCUGUACCCGGGCGAUCAGAGGCGAAAGGAGGAGCCGAGCAAGCAGAGUCAACAAGCGAAGCCGCCUCCGCCGAGCCCGAAGCAUCAGCCGAAGCAGGAGAAGCCGCAAGAUCUGGGGAAGAACGAGGACUCGAAGAGCAAGCAACAGGAAGGCGUGAAGCCCACGAUGGAGACCCAAGGACCGCCUCCGCCGACGUCCCAGUACGCGUACAUCCAUCCGAGUUACAUGCAGCCGCAGCAUUACGGCGCGCUGCCGUUCGACCCCGGUCAUCCGGUCUAUCGGGGCCUCGCUCCGAUGCUGGUCCCGGGACCGUACACCGGGAACCCGUACCUCCAUCAGCUGCCCAGGUAUCACGCGCCGGAAGAUCUGAGCAGACCGCCCGGCGGCAAAGCGUUGGACCUGCUUCAACACCACGCGAACCAGUAUUACUCGGCCCACAAGAUACACGAGCUGCAGGAGCGCGCGCUCAAGUCCCCCACCCCGAAGACGUCCGCGGCCUCGGCGAGCCCGUCGUCGGCGGGGCCGACGCCCUCGAGGCCUCCGAGCGGGCCGCCGAGCUCGGUGUCGGGCGCGGCCGGCGGCGCCGGGCCCGGCCCGCCGCAGCCUCAGGGACAGCAGCCGUCCGGGAAGCAGCAGAACCAGCCGGGAGGACAGCAACAGCAGCAACAGUCGGCCGUGGACGCCGGGACCGGGACCUUGCCGAAAGACAAUAGGUCGCCCCCGCCUCAGCGGCACGUGCACACCCAUCACCACACGCACGUGGGCUUAGGCUAUCCCCUGCUAACCGGACAAUAUCCCGCCCCCUACGGAGCGGCAAUGCUGGCGAGUCAGCAGGCCGCCGCGGUAGCCGCAUCGGUGAUCUCGCCAUUCCCGCCCAAGUGACCCGCGGCCCCCGUACUAGCUGCCGGAACAACCGGACCCACCUCCGCACAAACUCACCACACGCCUCAUCAUCCUUCACCGGUCAGCGGAGCAACCGCUGCGGGACAUCCGCACUCUGCCACCGCUGGCAGGCAACCCUAGGAUAUGGCAUCCGUCGAGAAUACCGCUAAUUCUAGCCUGCUACUUCUUCUUCUUCGGUAACGCUCUCUCGACGACGCUCGCUGGCCACCACCGUCGACGCGCACACCGGGACCGUUCCUCUCUGUCGUCGCUUUAUCGUCGCGUCGCUCCACCGUACCGGCCUCUUUUUCAAGCAAUCGUCUUCGUCUCUCUUACUUUCUCUCUUUCUCUCUAUUAUUUGUCAUUCGUCUCGCGCUCGCACCUCUUCGACGACGCGAUUACGAGCUUCCCAAUUUCCGACUGCGAGAGAGAGAGAGAGAGAGAAAGAGAGAGGAACCUUCGAAGAGCGAGACGAACGAGAGAGCAACGAGAGAGAAAGAGAAGAAAAGGAUCGCGGAAGGAAAGGGAGCGUAGAGUCGAAACGAAAGACCAUUUCUUUGCAUUUCAUUGGUCAAACAUAUCGGUUCUGGUAUCGCUCGAAACUCGGUUCUACUUUUUCUAGAUGCGAAUCGAAAGAGAGAGAGGGAGAGAGAGAGAGCCGGAACGUAAUCCCGAGCAAUCGCGUUUCGACGAUGCCGAUGUACUUAAAGAUCUGAACAGAGUUGCGCGCGUACUUGUUCGUAUUUUUUCACGGUUCUCGCUUAUCGUAAAUUACACAAGAGAAAGUAUUUUUAACGAUAUUCGUGUUCGAUUCGAUUCGAUUCGACUCUAUGGAAUAUAUGGUUGACCGCGUCUCUCUGCGAGGAAAAUGCGAACGAACGGGUCUCUCGCGCGUCCGCGAAAUUGUCGGCACGCGUCGCGAACGCGACCGAGCGAUCCGCGACGAUCGGUGGUGAUCCAGGGACGAAAGGUAGCGAAGCCAAGGAUGACGCGAGAUCGGUCGUAGCCGAUGAAACUCGAACAAGAAGCGAACAAAUGCGACAUCGUGGGUAGGAGUCGGUUGGUCGACGAAGAACGUCUUCGAAAUUUCGAGAACAUUUCCAGCCUGUGUCGAUACGAAAUGAAAACGACGCGUAGGAAAAAGAAGAUGCGUUGAUCUUGUCUCGGGUAGCAACUUCCUCGAUGCCUGUGCGACCAUUUGUUGCGUACGCAGCGAUUCCAGGUUGCGGAACAGCCACGAGGCGAAAACCUCCUCGAUCGCGCCACGAACCAAUUUAAUUUCUCUGCGACGCGAAACCCUGCUCUCGGACUCUCGGACUUUCGGACUCGAAUAGUCGGACAGUCGGACGGUCGGAGUGUCGAGGCAACAUUUUUAUCAUGUGUAGAAAUUUUCCGGACAAAGCGCGCGCGAAUGGGAAUCGAUGCCCGCGCAAAUUUCACGAGAGCGUUGAAUGUUGCAUAUUGCGUGUUCCGUAUUUGCGUGUUUCGCGUGUCGCGUAUUGCGUAUCGCGUAUCGCGUAUCGCGUAUCGCGUAUCGCGUAUCGCGUAUUGCGUAUUGCGUAUCGCGCGCGCGCGUGUGUGUUUUGUGUAUACCGCGUACGAAUGUUUUAACGAGAACGUUGUGCAUAACAUUGACAUAACCUACAUUACGAAUCGUUGUAUUUUAUUGUAAAAAGGAAAUUCGCGGAUACGCGAACUCGACAUUUUUGUAGAGAAAAAAUUGUGCAACCGUUGGACGACAAAAAUACGAUUCUUUCGGACAGUUUGAUCGCCCAUCGAUAUAUUGUGUCGGUAAUGAUAUCAAAACAAAAAAAAGGGGGGGGUUGAGGGAGAGAAAAAAAAGAAAACUAAUAAGAGAUACUCGUCGCGUAGGACGGUGUAACGGAAAAAAUUGGGAUUCUAAAUAAUGGUAACGCGACAGUAAGCGAUUGUACAUUGAAUACGCUAGAACGCUAUUUGUUUACUAAAAAUAACGGUAGUUAGCGGUACGCGAAUAACGUAGGGAGGGUAACGCUGCACGAAAGCGAUCGAGAUUGACCGUAAUUGCGAGAAUGGAAGAGGAACAAAGUAAACGCGUGAGAGGUGUAUGCCUCUGCGCGCGCAUGUGUGUGUAUGUGUGCGUGUGGCGUGCGUGCGUGCGCGCGUGUCUGUGUGUGUGUGUGUGUGUGUGUGUGUGUGUGUGAGAGAGAGAGAGAACGAGAGACAAAGAGAGGGAGGAUGAACGGCCAGGCAAAACGAAGACUAAGACUAAUUAAUGAGAAAAGGAAAAAAACCUAUUAGGUGUAUAAUUAAUGCCGCCGCGCGAUACGCUCGCAAAGUAUCGCGGCGGUUACCUAACAUUAGUUCAGUAUCAAUUAUUAUCCUUGUAUCUUUUAUUACGAUUAUUCAUUAAUAAUUAUCGGUUACAUUAUUUUAUUAUUGUAUCGACGAGAGAUGAAAGCGUUGUACGAUUCGAACGAUUGGUAAAACGCGUUGCCGAGAAUCCGAAAUUAAUUUUAUCAUGCCGUGCAUACUAUCGCAAAUGCCAAAUAAAACGAGAAAGAGCAA